ACAAGCUAUCGGAUUUGCAAGUUGGUUUUGGUUAUUGUCCGCUAUCGUUUACUUGUUGUUUAGAAAAUUAAAACUUGGCUUUGCUUUUCUUUUCAGCUAAAACGUUGACAUUUACACGCACAGUUUAGUUAAAUUGUAAUCAAGUAACUGAAUACAAAAAUUUUAGUACUAUGACGAGUGCGGACAGGAUUGAUUUUGAAAUGGAGGUAGAAGUAGAGAGCGCAUCAUCAGGACCUCCAGUAGACGUUCCUAACCCGACGUCGCCUGCACCUCCUACACCAGGUGGUAACAAAAGUGUCGUGGUCACGACUGCUACUGCUGGAUCUGUUACAGUUUCCCUGCAUCCAUUGGUUAUCAUGAACGUUUCUGAACAUUGGACUCGACUGCGUGCGCAAGAAGGUUCACCACAGACCGUGGUUGGGGCACUGAUUGGUAAACAGAAAGGUCGCAACAUAGAAGUGAUGAAUUCAUUUGAGUUGGUGUUUAGUGCCAUUGAUGGUGACAUUAUUAUUGAUAGAGAUUAUUACAAUUUAAAGGAAGAGCAAUUUAAACAAGUAUUUUCGGAUAUGGAUUUUCUUGGCUGGUAUACAACUGGUGAGGCACCCACAGAACGUGAUAUUGCAGUUCAUAGACAGAUAUGUGAUAUUAAUGAAUGUCCGGUGAUGCUUAUGCUCAAUCCUGCUGGUAUUAAUGGUGAACAACUACCAGUAGUGCUAUAUGAAUCUGUGAUAGAUGUUGUGAAUGGACGAGCCACUAUGCUGCUUGCUCCGCUCACAUAUACUCUAGCUGCCGAAGAGGCUGAAAGAAUUGGAGUAGACCAUGUGGCAAGGGUGUCAUCGGGAGAGGCAGCUCUCAACAGUUUAGUGGCGGAGCACCUUACAGCGCAGCGGUCAGCUAUCAAGAUGUUGGUGUCGCGCGUGCGGGCAGUGUUGGCGACGGUGCGCGCCAUCCGAGACGGCACGCUGCCGCCACGGCCCACGCUCUUGCGGGAGGCACGCGCACUCGCUAACCGCCUGCCCCUCCUCACCUCGCAGCAGUUCCGUACACACUUUUAUAACCAAUGCAACGAUGUUGCUCUGAUGACAUAUCUGGGCACUAUUACCAAAGGCUGCAACGGGAUCAACCAAUUAGUGAACAGGUUCAAUGUGCUGUAUGACAGACAGGGGAUGGGCCGGCGCAUGAGGGGACUUUUCUUUUAGGGCGGACGCUAAUAUUAAUCAAUAAAUGGAUAAGAUGAAACGGAAAAUGUGCUACAACCUUUAAACAUUUUAAAGAAUAUUCCAUUUAUUCUAACUUUGGUGAUUAUUAUAAUGUGGUAAAAUAUGAUCUUGAAUUUCAAAUGGCUUGAAACUUGUAAUUGAAAACUAUUGCCAUUCUUGUUUUGAAGAGAACAUGGAUGGCGAUAUUGUUGUAAUACAGUAUUCUUGUGUUGGGAUUCACUGUAAGAAUAUUUCGUCCGUCAUCAAAAGGAUGGUUUUUCAUAUAAAUAUUAAAAGUGUAAAGAGAAAAUGAUUUAACUAUAC